UUGGCUAUCGGCCAUCAAUAUUCUUCUUUGGGGACACAGCCCAUCCUCUGCGGAAGCAUCCCUGGCUUGGUGCCCAAGCAGUUGCGAUUCUGUCGGAACUACGUGGAGAUCAUGCCCAGCGUUGCUGAAGGCGUGAAGAUCGGAAUCCAGGAAUGUCAGCACCAGUUCCGCGGGAGGAGGUGGAACUGCACCACUGUCAAUGACAGCUUGGCCAUCUUCGGUCCUGUGCUGGAUAAAGCUACGAGGGAGUCCGCCUUCGUCCACGCCAUCGCCUCCGCCGGGGUGGCUUUCGCAGUGACCCGAUCCUGCGCUGAAGGCUCAGCCACCAUCUGCGGCUGUGACACGCGUCACAAGGGUCCUCCAGGGGAAGGCUGGAAAUGGGGCGGAUGCAGCGAGGACGUGGAGUUUGGAAGCAUGGUGUCUCGGGAGUUUGCCGACGCGAGAGAGAACCGUCCGGACGCUCGAUCAGCCAUGAACAGACACAACAAUGAGGCCGGAAGAACGUCAAUUAUCGACCACAUGCACCUCAAGUGCAAAUGCCACGGGUUGUCUGGGAGCUGCGAGGUGAAAACCUGUUGGUGGUCCCAGCCGGACUUCAGGGUCAUCGGCGAUUACCUGAAAGACAAGUACGACAGCGCUUCGGAGAUGGUGGUGGAGAAGCACAGAGAAUCCCGUGGCUGGGUAGAGACGCUCCGGCCGAAAUAUAACUUCUUCAAAGCGCCCACCGAGCGAGACCUGGUCUAUUACGAGAACUCGCCCAACUUCUGCGAGCCGAACCCCGAAACUGGCUCCUUCGGCACACGCGACAGGAUCUGCAAUGUCACCUCGCACGGGAUAGACGGUUGUGACCUCUUGUGCUGCGGGCGUGGGCACAACACCCGGACUGAGAAGCGGAAGGAGAAAUGCCAUUGCAUUUUCCACUGGUGUUGCUACGUCAGCUGUCAGGAGUGCACACGGGUCUACGACGUUCACACGUGCAAGUAAGACUGGACGCCCUCCGUCGGCGGGAAAUGGAUCAGAGACAACUGGUUUUUUGUGUGGGGAAAGUCGACUUCUUGAGACCGAAGGGAACAAAACAAAUGCAAACAAAAACCAAGGCUCAAAGUGGUUGGCUAGAGUAGGUUUAAUUUGUUCUCAGCUAUCUCAUUUGGAGGUUCACCUUGUGACGUGGGACUUCCGACGGGUCGAGACACAAAUGAGUGACCCGUUUGACAUUCUUCCCCUACAUGAGAUUGUGGCUCCUCUAACUAUUCAGCACCAUAAACCUGGAUAUGGAUGGCCAGGGGGUUUCCAGAAAGUUCUGGAGCCUCCGUUCUUUAUCUUUUGACCCGCACGGCCAGACUGCUGUUCUUAAGUGUCCUUCGAAAGUUGUGUUCUUCUGAAAACAUGGCAUACAAACAUAGACGGGAGCUUCUAACACAACGGUUCUUAGCAUACUGGCUCAAUCUGUAGCACUGUGUUUCCACCAGUAAGUUUGUGUAUAUAGAAUUAACAACGGGUGGUGUACUUCUUUUCGUCAAAGACAUUUGUCCGAUGCCUCAUGGGAAUGGGAGAGACUUGCGGGUGGGUCUCUGUAGUGCAAAAUGGCCAUAGGGUUUCUUUUGUCAUGCAAACUGGUUGAAGUUACAUAUCCGUACGAAGGGACGAUCCAAACUGUACUUUUGCCACGAGAGAAGGCAGGGGGAAAACGAGGCAAUAUCUGUGUGGCACGCUUGUUAGACGGUGCGAGAGGUUGCGCCAAGGUACACACAUAUGCAUCUGAUGGGUACAAACUGCCUCACAAUCUUGAGUGACUUACGAAGGCUAGGAAUGGUUCACAGUCUGGCUGGGAUUGCGGAGGCUUCCUGCCGUGGGGAACAGGAUCGUGUCAGGGGACUGGUUAGCUCGACAACAUAACAGCUCAAAUGGACAGUUCCCUCCGUCAGCCCCAUGGGGACAAAAAUCAGCCAUGCCUUAGUAGAUUGUGUUGAUUUUUUCAACCGCAUCAUUUCAUGCUUCUGGAAAGGACGGGAGGCGAUAUCUUUUGCCUUCCGUACCUUGGGCAAAGCCAUCCGAGCACGUGAGGAGAAUAUUGUUGCGAGAGUGAAUGCCCGUCUCCCUUUGCCCCCUGUAAAUGUUCAGGCCGGGUUUCUGGUUAGUGGAACCUCUUCAGGCCAGAGUAUCAUGGCCAGCAUUUGCAAAUGAUCCCUUCCAAGUGCUCGCUCUGAACACUGAUGUCUGCAGUUAGGGUCUUCUGCAAUAACUCAGUCACCGUCUCUUCACCGCUGUCCCAUUUUAUUUUCCAUUUAUAUCCCUGGGUCUGGGGCCAACAGAAAAAGCAUUACCACAUAAACAACCACACGUUCAGAGUAUUUAUGAUAUGAAGGGAGGUCCAAACAGCCCUGUUUUAAUAUAAGCAGAUCUACUAGACGAGCAUUUCAGAAUUCCCCUGGUCCAGGUGACGGUACCUCUAGAGCAUGCCACAAUGUACAGUGUAGCCUAAGGUUAAAUUGAUGUCCAGUUGACACAGAAGGAAGGGGCAGCUGUGUCAGCUUCUCCCAUCUGCUACUUCAAGGGUCCCUGUUACCUGUCCACUCCCCAGAGGCGUAUUGAGGGAAAAUGGUGCCAGGGCAACACCUGCUCCGGGCGCCCCAACCCCGUGCCCCACUUACCUUAGGAGCAGCCGGGCCGGGAGCCUGCCACUGGCCCACUAGGCGCCCCCAUGUGAUCCGAUGGGGGACGCCCAGGGUCAUAUUGCUCUCCCCACAAUCCACCCCCAAAUCUGCAGCUGGUCACCCUAGGCUGAACAGACCACAACAUAAGCUCCCUUUCUUGUUUCUGUGGAGCCAGAAGAGAGGACAGGAAAUUCUCUGUCCAGAGCAACAAGGCCAUUAAGAGGUCUAUGGAAUCUGUAGUGAGAAACAAGCGUGACCCUUCUUCCUCCUCUUUAACAAUUCUUGGAGGAUCAUAGAAUCGUAGAGUUGGAAGAGACCAUCAGGGCCAUCAAGUUCAACCACCUGCCAUGCAGGAAGACACAAUCAAA